AGCGCCGAAAGCAAAACGUCAGCGACUGGCUGCCGUUGGAGAGCAACUUCCCGCUACUCGACGAGCCAGCUGCCCGCAAGUCAAGGACGCCAUCGAGAAACCGCGCGCCGUCGAGAAAUAGCAGCAGCAGGAGCCAGAGCAGAGACGCGCGACAAACAAAAAGCCAAAGAUCAAAGUCGCGCGAGAGAGUCAGUUGGGCCGACGCCGCACGAGGUAUCAAGAAGACCAAUUCGAACGACAAUGCCAAGAAAGAAGACAAAGCUUCAACCAAGGAACGAGAAAUCAACGAGGCCCUGAAACAGGAGAACGCGUCCCUGCGAGCCACCAUCAACAACCUCACCAAGGAAAUAGCGGAGAUUCGCAACGUCUUAUGCACCAUCGAACAGCCAAGAUCCUGCCCGAGCGACAACAACAAGGUCGAAGAAGCUACGACAGACGGAGAUAAAGCACCGGCACCGAAGAAAAGGGCCUUCGAAUUGCGUAAGACCACGAAAAACGUAAGCAGCUGCAGCUCCGGCAGCAGCAGCUCCGGCAGCAGCAACAACAAUGUCGAGGCGAAACUCAGCAGCCUCGAGGAUAUGAUCAAAUCGAUGAAGGAAGCCAUCCAAGCCUUCCAAACGGAGAACGUCAACAGACUCAAUAACCUGGAAAGGAGCUUGCAACUAACCCUAAGCAACCCAACGUUCGGGCCCCUACAGCAGCAAGUCAACCAAGCGCAGCAACCCGGAGAACUUCGAAUAGGACCAUCAUGGCCUCCAGCUCCACAGGCAUAACGAUGUGGCAGUGGAACUGCCGCGGCUUAGUCAAGAAAAGGGCAGUUAUCCAGCAACACAUUGAGCACGCUGCGCGCAAGCCCGACGUGCUCCUACUCCAAGAAACGCUAACGGAAAAGCCGUCCCUCCCCGGCUACAGGGUGCACGCGGGCCCGUCCGACGGCAGAGGUCUGUGCACCCUGGUCAGGAAGGGUCUCACCUUCGUCGAACAUCGACUAAGCAACGUCAGGAUCGAACACACGCUCACCGAACUCAUACCGACCAAGCAAAGAAAAAACAGCAUCUUCAUUUUGAAUAUCUACAGUAACCCAUCGCAGAGACUGCAGAGGUUCAAAGCCAUUCUUCACAAGGCAAGCACGACGGCCGGCCAGAGCACGCUGGUCGCGUGCGGCGACUUUAAUGCUAUGGAUCCGGCGUGGGGCUACGUCAAGAGUAAUGCGAAAGGCAGAAACCUAUCCCACGAUGCGGCGGAGCUCGACUACACACUCAUAACCGACCCGGCUCUCCCAACGAGAAUGGGCAACUCCGUGUCCCGAGAUACCACCCCUGACCUCACGUUCGUCAAGAACAAUGAACCGAUCACGAUCACGUGGAGGAACACGGGGAUGGACCUCGGCAGCGACCACAUGAUAGUGGAAAUCGUCAUACCGGAGCAGAGCAGUGCUAAUGUCAGGAAACAUACGUGGAUCGAUUGGACCGCAUUCAGAGAUAACAGAAAUCAGGAGGCGGAAGAAGAGACCGAAAUUGAUGACAUCGAAACAUGGACCAACAAGAUCAUUCAAGACGUUCAAAACUCAACCAAGAACAUAGAAACAGACCUCGAAACGAACACAAUGGACAGCCGACUGGCACACCUCAUCGAGGCCAAGCAGUCCAUACUCAACAGAUGGAAAAAGCUACGCCUCAAUCGUAGGCUACGGAAAAAAGUCGCAGAACUUAACAGGACAAUCGAGGAAUACUGUCGCACGCUAUGCGCCCAACAAUGGGACGAGAUAUGCAACGCCGCCGACGGACAGAUGCAUAACGGGAAAACGUGGAACUUGCUUAGGCAUCUGCUCGACAAAACUAAGACUAAGUCACACCAAAGAGACCGACUGGCGAAACUUAUCCAUCGAGAGGUCACUAAACACGGAGCCGAGCAUGUGACGAAGCGCAUCAGCGACAGAUACCUGCCGACUACUCCAACGGAGUGCCACGGGCCGUACGGGGGGCUACGCAACGAGCGUCUUGACAGAGACAUAGACGUAGAGGAGGUUCGCACGGCGCUGCAAGACCUCAACAGCAAGUCGGCGGCCGGACCGGACCGCAUCACCAACAAAGCACUCAAGAACCUCGACGACAAAUCCAUCGAAAGUCUCACGAGCUACUACAACAAAUGCUGGAAAACGGGAACGCUGCCGACGCAGUGGAAGAAGGCCAAGACUAUCCUGAUCCCCAAGCCGGGCAAGCCACCAGACACCGACAACCUCCGACCCAUAUCGCUCACGUCUUGCAUGGGCAAGGUGCUGGAGCACGUCCUGCUCAAGAGGUGGCAGGAAUACCUCGAGAAAGAGGACCUCUACCCGGAAACGAUCAUCGGCUUCAGGCAGCACCUCAGUACCCAAGACGCAAUGAUUCAACUCAAGCACCAGAUCAUCGACGGCAACACCAGCGACAACAAAGCGAUAUUGGGACUCGAUCUGCAGAGCGCCUUCGACAAGGUGAGGCACUCGGCGAUCCUAUGCCAAGUCUCGAAACUCAACAUGGGAGAGAGAUCAUACAAAUACAUCAAAGAUUUUCUCACGGACAGAACUGCCGAGCUCAGAGCGGGGGAUCUCCAAGCGCAAGAGAAGAAGCUGGGAAGCACAGGCACACCUCAAGGAUCAGUCAUCUCGCCGAUGCUUUUCAACCUGGUGAUGAUAGGAGUGGCCGAAAGGCUCGGAAACAUCAAGGAAGUUCGACACACGAUAUACGCGGACGACAUAACGCUGUGGGUGGAAGGGGGCAGCGAUGCCCACAUCGAAUCCACUCUACAGGCGGCUGUCGACGCGAUCGAAGACCACCUUGACGGAACGGGGCUCAGGUGCUCGCCGAGCAAGUCGGAGCUCCUUGUAUACCCGCCCGUCAAGCACCGCAAACCCAAGAGCAGCCCGAGAAACUACGAGGCAAUCAAAGUGAAGAGCAGAGAAGGAAACGAGAUCCCAAGAGUCACCAAGAUCAGAAUCUUAGGAAUGACGAUCGAGACGCACGGCAGAAACGGUGACACUGUCACCCGGCUCAUAGCGAAAGCGGCAAACGCCACGAGACUACUCAAGCGAGUCACGACCAAGAAAAGUGGAAUGAGGGAAGAGAGCCUGAUCAGACUCAUCCACUCGUUUGUCAUAUGCCACGUAGCGUACGUGGCGGCCUACCACAAGUGGAAGAAGAGCGAGAGAAACAAGAUAAAUAUACUCAUCCGUAGGGCCUUCAAGACGGCAAUGGGACUGUUCGAAACAACGAGCACCAACCGCCUCCUGCAGCUGGGGGUGCACAAUACGCUAGAGGAGAUAGCGGAAGCCCAACGCAACGCUCAACUCGAAAGACUAUCUACGACCAAGGCCGGCCGGAAAAUCCUGGACAACCUGGGAGUUGGCUACCAAGGCAGGGAGCGGACGCAGCUCCCCAUCCCCGAUGAGAUCAGGAACAACAUCAGAGUGGACUCUAUACCGAGGAACAUGCACCCGGAGUAUAACAAAGGGAGGAGAGCGGCGAGAGCCAGGGCCCUGAUAGAUCAGCACGCGGCCGACGGACACGCACGCUACGUGGACGCGGCUGAAUACGCCAAGCUACACGGUUUCACGACAGUUGUCGUCGACGCGACCGGCACCGUUCGCACGACCGCCAGCACGAGAUGCACCAAGGCAGAACAAGCGGAGGAGGUAGCCAUCGCCCUGGCCAUCGUCGACCGCGACUGCCACACGGUGCUGUGUGACUCGAGGCAGGCGGUGAGGAAUUAUGCCAAAAGCAUGAUAUCGAAGGAAGCGGUGCGCAUACUGCAGUCAACCAAGAACGACGGCGGCAGCAAACAAGUGAGAAUCAAAUGGUUCCCCGCGCACGCGGGCGAGGCGUCGGAUCGAAACGCCAACCACAACGAGACAGCACAUGCCGAGGCGCGCGCGCUAACGGACCGCGCCUCGACCGACUGGCCGCUGUGGUUCAGCACCAAGGACCGAAUGACCGACUACAACGAGAUAACCAAGGCUUUCCGCCUAGCUCGCAGAACUCUCCCACCACCUUGCUCGGGGCUCAGUCGAGAACAAGCCGUUUUAUUUAGACAGCUGCAGACGGGCUCACUCCCCAGCCCGUUGCUGAUGCAUAGAAUGUAUCCCGAGGCGCACCCGACAGACAAGUGCAGAGUCUGCCGAAGGGAGACGGCCGGCUUCGCACAUAUGCUGUGGGAUUGUAUCAAGUACCCGGAAGAAUCAAAGUCUGGGAGCAUCCCGCUGCGACUUGAAGCAGCCGCAGGGAGCGAUAAUCAAGAACAACAACUCUGGGCCGUCCAGCAGGUCAUCGGGGCGCUGGCCCGGCAGGGAUCCAGCGCCCAGAAGACGAUGUAGGCCCCGUCCGGAGCGCGCGCGCAAGCGCGCGUUUUACUGCAGGCUAAAAUAAAGUUU